AAUAUCUCUAAAUUCAACAUGAGCAAACCAAAAGUUUUGAUUACAAGGCCAAGUAUUCCUGAAGAGGGAAUCAAAAAGAUCGAAGCUAAAUGUGAUGUUGAAAUUUACGACCAAGAAAAGCCCAUCCCCAAAGAAGAUCUCAUAAAGAAGAUAAAAGGUGUGAAUGGUCUGUUCUGCCUCCUCACAGAUCCAGUGGACAAAGAUGUUAUUCAAGCUGCAGGAAACCAGCUGAAAGUGAUUGCCACCAUGUCUGUUGGCUAUGAACAUAUUGACUUAGAGGAAUGCAAAAAAAGGAACAUUGCUGUGAGCCACACUCCAAACGUUUCCUCCGAUUCAGUGGCCGAGUGGACCGUUCUACUAAUGCUGUGUGCCGGGAGAAACUUCGAAGAAGCUUCCACUGCCAUUCGAGACGGAAAAUGGGUGUAUUCCUGGAGUCCAACAUGGCUGUCUGGUAUGGGAUUGUUUGAGUCUACUGUUGGUAUCUUUGGAAUGGGGAGAAUCGGCCAAAGUGUAAUGAAGAGAGUAUUGCCUUUUGGAGUCAAAAAGGUUUUGUACUAUGAUGUAUUUCAUCCCAUUAAACCAGCGGAAGAUAUGGGUGCAAAAUACGUGGAAUUUGAGGAGCUGUUGAAAGAGUCCGAUUUUGUGGUGUCCAUGUGCAACCUGUCGGAAGAGACCAAAAACAUUUUCAACAAGAAGGCCUUCGACCUCAUGAAAAAAACCGCCGUUUUCAUCAACACUAGCAGAGGUGGCGUCGUCGAUCAAGACGACUUAUAUGAUGCUCUGAAAAGUGGGAAAAUCCGGGCAGCAGCCAUCGAUGUAACCGUUCCAGAACCAUUGCCAAAAGAUCACAAGUUGGUUUCGUUAAAAAAUCUCAUCAUCACUCCUCACGUGGCAAGUGCGGAGACAAACGUCCGCAUUCGAAUGGCGGAAUUGGCAGCCGAGAACAUUCUGCUAGGCUUGGAAGGAAAACCGCUCGAGACACCUGUACCCAUGCCGAAAUAG